AUGUUUCAAAUCUACGACCAGAUUAUAACUAUAAGCCAAUCAAUUGUCACAUCAUUAUUGAGGUCGACCUCUAGUAUACCAUACGUGCCAUUAAUACCAGCGGUUGUGCUAAUCAUAAUUGAAACUCAAUUUCAACACUUCUUUUACGUCUCAAGACAUCAAUGGCUUAAUGAAUACGACUAUAUCGUGAUCGGCGCCGGGAGUGCAGGUGCUGUAAUGGCCGCCCGACUCUCGGAGGACCCCUCUAUAAGCGUACUGCUAUUGGAGGCCGGGAUGGCUGAGAACAUCCUAUCGGACGUUCCCAUGAAUAGCAUUAAUCUGCAGACAUCGCCGAUGGACUGGUCCUUCAAAACACUGCCGCAGAGUAAGGCGUGUCAGGGGCUGGAGGGUCACCGAGGGGUGUGGCCCAGGGGUAAGGCUAUGGGCGGCUCGUCCACCAUCAACUCAAUGGUAUAUAUGAGAGGCAAUCCUCGCGAUUACGACCUGUGGGCGGCUGCCGGUGCCCGGGGCUGGUCGUGGCCGGAGGUGUUCCCCUAUUUCAUUAAAUCCGAGGACAAUCGCGACCCCAGACUAGUGGCCACCGGUUAUCACGGAGUGGGCGGUCCUCUGACCGUAAACACGCCAUCCGUGCCGAGACGGAUGUCCGAAGUGUUUGUGGGCGCGGGUCCGGCGCUCGGGUAUCCCGUGGGGGACGUCAACGGCGCCACACAAUCCCAGUUCUCUAUACCCCAGACCACGUCCAGGGAUGGCAUGCGGUUGUCGGCCGCGAAAGCCUAUUUGGAGCCACUGGUGGACAGACAUAAUCUGCACGUAUUGACCAAAGCCUAUGUCACGAGAGUACUGUUUGACGGGAACAGGAGGGCAGUGGGCGUAGAGUUUGAUCGCUUGUUCAAGAGGUAUACAGUGAGAGCUCGAAAGGAAGUCAUUCUGUCUGCCGGUGCUAUCAAUUCGCCAAAACUAUUGAUGCUUUCA